GCACGUCAGAGCUGAGCCCCUUCUCUGACCCCCGGCAGUUCGACCGCUCCUUCCCGACGCUGCCGGCUCUCACCGAGACCAGGUUCUCCGACCCGCGGAUGCAUUAUCCCGGGGCAAUGUCUGCCGCCUUCCCCUACACCGCGACUCCCUCCGCCACCGGCAUCGGGGGCAUCAGCAUGACCAGCAUGCCCACCACAACGCGCUUCCACCACACUUACCUGCCACCCCCCUACCCCGGCUCCACACAGAACCAAAGUGGACCCUUCCAGGCCAACCCCUCUCCGUACCAUUUGUACUACGGCACGUCUUCGGGCUCCUACCAGUUCUCCAUGGUGGCGGGCGGCGAGCGGUCGCCCACCCGGAUGCUCUCUUCUUGUACAAGUGCUUCAGCAGGGAACAACUUAAUGAAUCCCAACCUGGGCAAUCAGAAUGAUGGGGUGGAUGCAGAUGGGAGCCACAGUAACUCACCGACAACCAUGACAACUACUGGGAGGAUGGAUGAGUCGGUCUGGAGACCCUAUUAGGAGGAACUCAGCUGGACACCGAUACCUUUAACUUAAUCAGCCACCGUUACAU